AUUUAUGAAUAAUUCUUCUAGAAUAAAAAACUCUCACUAAAGUAAUGAUUGUUGGGCUGCCUUAUUUUGUGGAAUCAUAGAAGUGCUUAUUAAAACUAAUUAACAUGAAUAGAUUUCACUAUUAAAACCUUAUCCAAAUUAAUAUUAGCUUUCAAGAAUCAGAAUCUUCAAAACUAUUGAAUUAAUGAAUUAAAUUAUAAGAAAUCCAAAUACCGAUCUAUUUUAUUCUUUAAUUAAUCAAGAAGAAGCAUCUUAAGUUAUGAAAAUAUUCAUAAAAACUUAGUAUAAUAUGAUGACUACUUAAAUUUGUAACAAAGAGAUUCUAGAACUUUUAAGUAAUAAUUUUAAAAUAGAUAUUAUAUUUAUAACUCAAAAUACAUCUAUAUCAUUGUCUAACAGUGAAAAUUUGGAAUUAAUUUUAAAAAUAGUUUAAUAAUAAUCUGAAUUUAUAAUAGAGACAUCUAAAAAAUCAAGAAGUCGAUCAUCUUCAUUAUUAGAUUAUGUUUUAGAAAUGAAACAAGAAUGUAAUGGAUGUUAAAGAAUAUUUGAACAAGGAGAAUUAUAAAAAUCUCUUUCUUGUAAUCAUACUUAUUGUAAAUUAUGUUUGAAAUUUUAUUUUAAACUAGGAUAAUCUUUUAUUUGUAAAGAUUUCUUUUGUAAGAUGGAACUCAAAAGAGAAGACUUCCCAUUUUUGUAAUUUUCACCAUUAAUGGAUACAACUAUGCAAUAAAAUAAAUGUCUUUAAUGUAAAGAAUCAAUCAAUAAAUUGUACAUUAAUAAAUGUGGACAUACUCAUUGUUAAAAAUGCAUUAAAGAUUAGUUAAAUAAAUCUAAAUUAUUUCAAACUAAUUUUUGCUUAGAACCUUCUUGCACUGAAUUAUUAUCUAAUGAUUUUACAAUUGAUUAAUCUACAAAUAAUAAUGAUUAUUAAUCUGUAUUAUCAAGAUAGAAUUCUAUAAUUUAAAAGAAUACAGAAUUCUGUUAUUUUUGUUAAUCUGAUUAAGAGAAAGGUGUAAAAGGAGAAUGCGGACAUUAUUAUUGUAAGAUUUGUCUUGAUUCAAAAUAUUAAUAAAUUAUUACUUAUGGUUUGAACAGAAACAUAGAUUGUCCAUUUUGUUAAUAAACAUUCAAUAUAGAGAAAAUAUUAGAUGAAUAUUACAAUUAAUUAUUAUAAGUUUAAAAUCCUAGAUUAAAAAGAAUGAGAUCUAAUUCUGAAUAGUAUUAAACAGAACACUAAUAAACAUAAUUUAAUAAACCUUCUUUUGAGAAUUAAUAACAUAAUUAAUUUAAUGUUAAAGCUUUACCUUAAUUAAAUUAGAUAAAUCAAUCACCAUUUAGAAUUUCAAGUGCAGUUUCAACUCCAAAAAGAGUAAUUAAUUCUGCAUGUUCUGAUAGAGUUAAUCAUAAUUAUCCAAAACAGACCUAAUAUCUUUAAAGAAAUCCAUAAUUCUUUUGA